AUGCUACCCUGCUUUCUGGCGAUCAUUCCCCCAACUGUCGCGGAGCUAUCUCGUCGCCUCAACGAAGCCAGUACCAAUGAGAAGAAGAGGGAAGUAUUGUUCAGAGAACUUUUCGAGCUAUUGUUGGCGCCGGACGAGGAUUACGAACUGGGCAGUUUCUUCUACGGCCUUGAACUUGGCCUUUACAUCAUGGCCAUUCCAAUUAAUCUGGCGGUUUGUUGGGCAGUGACCCAAACUCACACUUUCCAUCCGAAUCUACGGCUGGUUUUGUUCAGCAACAUUAUGUGUGGGGUUUUGCAGGUAAGGAUUGGGAAACUAAGCCGUUGCUGGCGAGUUUGUUUUUCUCAGCGUUUUAUCAGUUUGUUGGGAAAAUAAUGAGCACCCUGUCGCAUCGAAAAUCUCAUCGCUGCCAAGAAAAUGAAUUGUGCCGCGACAAUCUACCACACAUUUCACAAUAAAUCAUUUUUUUCCGCGCGAAACGGGCAAAGAGAUGGCUUAAAGUUUUCCAUUUUCUCACAUGCCGUUCUCCGCGUUUCCUGCGCUCUCUCGGCCGCAAAAGAUUCUUGAAUUUUUCGGCUACCCCUAAAAAUCGCGAGCCAAAACUUUCAAAAAUCAGAUGUGGCCAAUCUCUGAAUUAUGAGCAAAAUCUAGGAAAACCUUGAGCGUCGCACUUGGAAUUUUUGAAAAGUUCAAAAUUUUACAUGCUGUUUGAAAAUGUUAAAUAAAUUCUCUAGGUCCAUUAAUUCUAAUUCCAAAAAUUUUCAGGCCACAGUUCGAGGUAUUUGUGUCCUCAACAUCCUCACGUAUAACUUGCUGGUUUCUCCGUCGGUGACCAUAAAACUUCUCGGCCUGCGGGCAUUUUUUAUGAACCAGAUGUUGUUGGCAUUUUUGAAUGUGUUCAUCGAGCGCUUCGUUGCGCACAAAAUGUCGGCCAGAUACGAAAAAGCUCCGCUGUAUCUUGGGGUCGCGAUCAUUGCUUGUUGGGUAGGCUUAUGUUCAUUUUUGUACAUAUAAUAUGUAUAUCAGUCUACUGGAGAAAUAAUGAGCAUCUGUUGCAUCGAAAAUCGCAAGAAAAUGAACUGUGUCGCGACAAACUCAAAUUUCUUUUCGCUGCAGCGACGCGAUCGGCGCAGCCGCAGUAUACUCAUUAUUUUACCGACACAACAUAUUUAGAAAAAAUCUCACUCCAUAAAUUUGUAAUUUUCCAUUUUUUCAGUGGAUAUCAACAUAUUUUUUGACCUACGUAACUGGUAAGUAUUUUUGUUGUUAGGUUAAUUGGAGUCAAACAACAUGAUUAUUGUAUCUCCAUGCAUGAUUAUUUUAUCUCCGUGAUUUUUCAGGACUCAAAUUGGUCACUCUUCUUUAUGUCAUCUCUCCUUGUGUGGUGAGUUUUUUCACUGGUAAUAGCUGACAAGUCGCGCCAUAAAGUCCGUAGAAUAUUUCUAUGCAUAAUUCUACGAACUUGAUGUGCGACUGGUAUAGAUUCUGACACAAAAUUGAAAAAGAAAAGUCAAGAACUCUAUUGACCGCCCUUAAAUGCCCUUUCGUAAAUAGGGAUUUCUAAAAGAGUCAAAUGUAGUACAGUUUGGUUUAGGCCUUAUUCCUUGCCAAUCGUUGGAUAAAACUGCAGAACACGGCAUCCACCGGAAGUGCCUCUCUGUCCAAGCGCUACCAAAUGAACGAAAACAUCAAAACCCUGACAAUGUGCCGGCCGUGGAUCAUCUUCUACUUGAUUACCAAUGUUGUUCACGCGUUUCUCCUAUACGCCGCACUUUGCUCUUUUCUAAUGGACGGCAAGAACUCGGUGAAAAUUUUGGCCCAAUUAAUGGACAUUUUAUACGCUGCUUAUGUGGCAACGUACACAUUGGUCUUGGUAAAUGGUCAUCAAGGGCUGAAGGCCCAUUUCAGGUACGGGUUUAAAUUUUUUUAAAUUUAAAUUAAAAAUCAACUUGUUUAGGGUCCUACUGCGGAACCGAUCAAAAGUCACUAUGGAAUCUUACAAUUACAUUGCCACGACAAUAAAAACGAACAACGAAGACUUUGACGGACAUUUCAAGAGGCUAGACCAAGCAUGGGCUUGA